AUGUGGUUCAAAACUACAGUGCUAGCUAUUGGCAUUGCAUGGAGCCUGGCGGGAAGCAAGACAAGCUCCCGUCCAAGGGUCACCGUCAAGAACGGUACAUACGAGGGCAUCUACUCUCCUGAAUACCACCAAGACUUCUUCCUUGGGCUUCCUUAUGCCCAGCCUCCUGUUGGCGACCUCCGCUUCCGUGUCCCUAGGCCUCUGAACAGUUCUUUUCAGAGUGUCCAUGACGCAAAGGCCUACCCGGCGGCAUGUGUCGGCUAUGGUGGCGAUGCAAUGUUUUACAAUGAAUUAUCUGAAGACUGCCUGUAUCUCAACGUCAUCCGCCCAGCUGGCUACCAAGGUGAGAAACUCCCCGUGGCAUUUUGGAUGCACGGAGGCGGUUUCUUCCAAGGAGCUACGCAGGACAAGAGAUACAAUCUCAGUUUCAUAGUCCAGCAAUCGGUUGAGAUUGGACAACCCAUCAUUGGCGUUUCAGUUCAGUACCGGCUCAGUGCUUGGGGUUUCCUCUUAGGCAAGGAGGUCCAAGCCAGCGGCCAGACAAAUCUGGGACUACGCGACCAGCGGUUGGCGUUGCACUGGAUUCAAGAGAAUAUUGCCUCGUUUGGAGGAGAUCCACGAAAAGUCACUUUAUGGGGUGAAAGUGCGGGCGCUUCGUCGGUAGGCAACCACAUUCUUGCCUACAACGGACGCGAUGAUGGACUCUUCCGCGCUGGCAUCAUGCAAAGUGGUGGCCCGAUAUUUUACUACCCCAUGACGGCGGUACAAAAGCAUUUUGACUCGCUUGCCAAGUUGGCUGGCUGUGAUGAAGACCCAGACAAGCUGCAAUGUCUGCGUGCCUUGCCAUUCUCACAGCUCAACGCUGCAGUCAAUUCAAGCGAAGACCUCACUCAGAGGUGGCAUCCAGUGGUGGACGGAUCGUUUAUCCCUGCCAGACCGACUGAGAUGCUUGCGAAUGGUUCAUUCCUCAAAGUGCCUAUCAUUGUUGGAGCCAAUUCAGAUGAAGGAUCCAUCUUCAGCCCAAGGUUAAUCGACACAGAAGAGGACUUUUACAUGCACCUGAUCCACAAUACUUCCUUCUCUCAUCGCACGGGGAAGCUUCUUGAGUCUCCUUUCUUCGCUGCCAAAGUCCCCAUCGACUUUGCUAAGCAGGUCCUCGAGGUGUACCCAGAUAUUCCUGAACUUGGCAUCCCUGGAGUCCCAACUUUGGCCUUCAAUCAACGGCCUGAACCACGAUUCGGGAAUCAGUUUAGACGGUCGUCUGCAUACUACGGCGAUGCCAUCUUCGUCGGCCCACGUCGUCGUACAUGCGAGACCUGGGCCGAAGCUGGCUUACCCGCCUGGUGCUACCGCUUCAAUGCGGUACCAGCCGGAGUGCCCCCCGAGAUUGGCUCAACGCACUUCCAAGAGAUUGCCUUCAUCAAACAGAAUCGUGUGGGCGGUGGCCAAGGCUACUACAUGCCACCAGUUCCGCCUUUCAAAGGCAAACCAGACAGUUACACGCAGUUAUCCAAGCUCAUGGGCAUGACUUGGAUCAGUUUCGUGCGAGAGAUGGAUCCCAAUCAUUGGCGCAAAGUCAAAAAGUCUCGGGCUCUGGAGCUGCCAGAUUCUCCAAGAUGGCCAACCUAUCAGAAGGGAUCUUUGGAGAUUGUAUGGGAUCCCCGUGUGGAUGGUCUGGCUUAUGUGGAAACGGACACUUAUCGGGCGGCGGCGAUCGAUCUUAUUAACAGAGCGGCCGCAACAGUAUUCGACCGUUGA